AAUCAUAUAGCAAAAAUUUUGAAUUGGAAGAAACAAUUCUUUGUUUUUCUUGAUUUGAUUGAAAAUGGCGGCCAUGCAACUAACAAGAACUGCUCUCUUUGGUCUCUCAAAGGCUUUCCCUGGAAUCAAAUCUCCGGCAACUCUCGCUGCUUCUACUAGGCAAAUCUCUCGUGUCUGCUUCGCCUCCUCUGUUAGCCAUUCCGAGGGAAGAGAUCCGCUAGAUAACGCUAGAGAUUCAAGGACUGAUUCAGCUUACGGAUCAAAGAAAUGGAGGGAUGAUAUCCAAGAGAACUAUGCCCAAGCGGCUCAAGACAAGGCCAACGAAGGAGCGAGCAAAGCUGCAGAUAAAGCCUACGAAACAAAAGAGCAAGCGAAGGACACAGCGUACAAUGCAAAAGAGAAGGCUAAGGAUUAUGCGGAACGGACUAAAGACAAGGUCAACGAAGGUGCGUCGAAGGCAGCGAAUAAAGCUGAAGAUACAAAAGAAAGAGCUAAGGAUUACGCUGAAGAUACGAUGGACAAUGCAAAAGCGAAAGCUCGAGAUGCGAAAGAGAAGGUGAAAGAGUAUGGAGAAGACACUAAGGAGAAGGCAGAAGGGAUUAAGGAGACUGUGAAGGGUAAAGCUGAAGAACUUGGGGAGAAGACGAAGGAGACUGUGAAAGGAGCUUGGGAGAGUACGAAAAAUGCUGCUCAGACCGUGACUGAAGCUGUGGUUGGGCCUGAAGAGGAUGCAAAGAAGGCCCGGGCUGAUAUCGAUAAAACCGUGGAAGACCAUACGAAGAAACAAGCGGAGAAAGAUCGGAAAGAGGAUGAUUUCAUCACAUUUAACUGAUGUGGAAGACAUAUGUAUAUCUUUGUGUUUCUCAGGGUCAUUUCUUCAUGUAUUGCUCUGCUUUCAGUUUUUUUCUCUGUUUACAAACUAAACUUGGUCUCAUGUACGUGACAAUGUGAGAUGCUUUAGUAUAUAAUUAAAUAAGACAAAACUAUGGUUAUUUCUAUGA